CAACUUCUCGACCGUUCCUCGUUCGUUUUUCAUUGCAAUCGAAGAUUCGGGGAGAAAGCGAUGUUUUCGCGGCUGUCCCUGGCACGGCGCUUCUCGUCGCACUCGGGAGCCCCAUGGCAUCUUUCCGAUCCAUCGAGGCUUCUCGUCGCGGCCGCCGCCGCUGCUUCGCUCGCGAGCAACGGCUUCUCGCGGGAGGACGUGACAACCACGGCGCGCUGCUCGGAAUCGCCCGGUGAAGCCUCGUCCGGGGCAACGGACAGCGAAGGCCUGAACAGCCUGUUCCACGGCCAGUGUCUGAAGCGCCAGAUGCGCACACCGGCCGUUCCCUACCCACUGUGGGACUACAACUGGGACGGAAGGAUGACCAGCGACACAACCCUGGAAGCCUUUCGAAACGGCGAAGCCAAAGCAAAUGCAUCCAGCAGAGCCGAACAGAAUAAUGGCAACGACGGCACGAGAAACAAGCGAUCGAGGCACCUGAUACUGGUGAGACACGGUCAGUACGACGAGCGGUCGGACGAAGACAAACACCGCAAGCUCACGCCUCUGGGCCGCCGGCAGGCCAUUCAAACGGGAAAGCGACUGGUCGAGAUGGCCAGGGGUUCCGCAUCGUUCGAAGACCAUCGCUUCAACGGGAAAUGCGCCGUCAAGGCGAUCCACGUCUCCGAUAUGACACGGGCGAAGGAGACGGCGGCACUCAUCGCCGAACAAUUCCACGGGGAAACAGCACUCCUGCGGGAACCGGAUCCGAUGCUCAACGAGGCCCUACCGGCUCCCAUGGUGCCCAUUCGACCGGACAUUAAGGGUGCAGAGGAAGAAAUCGACGAGAACCACGACAGAAUCGAGGCGGCCUUUCGGAAGUACUUUUACAGAGACGACGGCGAGGGAGAACGGGAACGCGACGAUCCAUCUCCGGAGGAAGCGGGCGAGAGUGACGCCUUCGAGGUGAUUGUCUGCCACGGCAACGUUAUCCGGUACUUCUUUUGCCGCGCGCUGCAGCUGCCGCCCGAGGCGUGGCUGAGACUGUGCACGUUCAACUGCUCCAUUACCUAUCUGGUCGUUCGCCCGAACGGCAUGGUGUCCGCACGGAUGAUGGGCGACAUCGGACACCUGGACUACGACGAAUCCACGUUUUCGGGUUACCACGGUUUCAAGUGGUAGCACGGGAAGAGGAUGCCGGAUGAAAAAUGGACCCGUGCAAGCUACGAGAACUACCGUAAUUAGAAACUAGACUGAAUU